CGCGCAAAGGCGGCCGCGGGAAACAUGUUUCCCAUCCCACCGGUCUGCGCGGUUUACGUUACAACACAACCGCCGUCGUCAGCGUUUCAUUAUAGAAAGUCCGGGAAGUCAUCGUCUCCGUCGUUUUGCUGUGCUUAAGACUCGACCAAAAGUAAGUUCGUCAUGGAAAAAUCGUUGCGACUGAUCACCUACUUGGUCCCCAGCCAUCCCGUCGAGCUGUACGAGUGCAUAGCUCACUUCCUGGAAGACGAACUCAAACUGAAAGCCACGCUGUUCUACGAGUCCAGAGACUCCAUCGACCUGUUCGAGACCCGAUCGGAUCCUUUUACGAUCAACGAAGCCGACAUAGGUUUUUUUAGUCCAAUGCAGUAUGUAAGCUUGAAGAGAAUACGCCUAAUCAAACAUUUCGAACUAAUGCCCAUUACCCCGGUUUUUUCCCAUAAAAAAAACAACAAUGAACAUUCUGGAUACUACGCCGAUAUUAUCAUGCAUAAAGACGUGCAGAAAACGGUCAAUUCGUUUGUAGAUUUACGCGGCAACAGUUGGGCCUAUACGAGCGAUAGUUCGUUAAGUAGCAGUAUAUCCAUUCAGAAAUUGCUACGGACGCACGGAGAAAAUUCUUCAUUUUUUGGCAACACAAUAAGAACUGGAAAUCACUUGUUGUCCAUUAAGAAAGUACAAGACAAGCAAGUGACCGCGGCCGCGGUGGACUCGACAGCUUUUUACAACUACAAAAACAUUUUACACAAGGACAGCGAUGACAUCUGUAUUUUGGACAGCAUCGGUCCGUUGCCCCCUUUUGCGAUCGUGUGCAAUAAAAACAUAAAUAGUGAACUCAAGUCGAAAAUCAUCAACGCCUUGCUUUACGAAACGUCAAAACGAACGUGGGGAAACCAAUUUAAGAAGUUCGGUUUGGUCAAGUUUACCGAAAAUUCUGAUUACGCUUACACCGAACUGGAGUACUACGAUACGACACAUAACCAAGGACUUUCUUCGAUUUACUAUUAACGCAACUUGGAAAAAAAAAUAUGUUUAUGUAAAAUGUAUACCUGUAUUUGUUUUGUUAUCUUCGUAAAAAUAUUUUAUACUUAAAUUUCGCGUUUAUAUGUUUUGACUUGUAAUGUUUUAUCUACAUUUUAAUACACUCCAAAUUAUAAUGCGGUUGACUUAUGAGUUGAGUGAGUUUUGUAAAAUCAUUUUUAUAGCAUGUUUUUUACCUUAUACUCGUUUGAAAACGAUCAAUAAAUAUUUUUAUUAAUAAACUACCUAUUUUAAUAGUAUUAGUACCUAAUUAUUUUUAAUUUUAUUUUAUUUAAUAUAUUCGUUACUAGAAUAUACGAGGCGAUUACAUCAUGAUAUCAGAUAAUGUACAAAUUCAAAUUAUAAUUAUACAAUAAUUCAGUUAUA